ACUCAAGUUCUGUAGCUCCCUCCCUCCAUCUCCAGUACUAAAUAGAUUAAAGAGGAUUCACUUAUUUAAAGACUUUGGCAAAAGCCGUGCAGCGUAUUUUUAGGUUGGCUUAGAACAACAAAGCACACUGACGGUUCAAACAAGUCGGUGGGAUCGAAUUACAGUAAACUCGUUGUCCAGUGAGAGUGCACCUUACCUUUGGCGUGGAGCAGGACUGCCGACUGGACAGCCACGCCGCCCUGCAUCGGACCGCAGCCCAGCAACACCGCUGCCCGGAUCGGCCAGCCCCGCCCGACCCCACCCCGUUGCCACCCUGAACCUGCAGCCAGGGGGACACAACUUCGCUCUGUCAUUCAAGCCGCACCCAGCCAUUAUCAUGGACAAUGACGAGGACGAGGACGGUAACUUCACCAAGUGGAUGAGCGGCUACUGGGGUCACAACGGCGGGGAGGAGAGUGAGAAAAUGAAAGAGAGGAGGCACAGCAUCAGGAGGACGUCCAAACCGUACGCCGGUCGCCGAGCCUCUCUGCCCUGUCAGGCACAGCUGGAUGCCAUGCAGCUGAACCGCCUGCAUGCGGCCACCAUGGCCCCAGCGCCCGCUCACCUCAAGUCCAGGGACAAAAAGGACGUCAGGCAACACCACAGUACCUGCCACCCCACCAUGGAGGAGAGCGACCAGGCCAGGAGCUCCCUGCCAGACCAGCGGAUCACCACCAUCAACGAGCUGUCCGAGACCUUCGAGAGGAAGCUGAAAUUCCGGACCCGGAAUGUAAUGUCACUGAGUGACGCGGACACCCUGUGUCUGAUCUGCCACGAUGACAUGAAGAGCUGCGGGACUGUGGUCACAGAGCUGAACUGCACACACUGUUUCCACAAAGAGUGCAUUGAGCAGUGGCUGUGGAAGAAGCAGUCGUGUCCCACGUGUCACGUCCACGUGGCUAUGCCCCAGCCCUUCUACUGGUCCUCUGGCCGUGUCAAAGUGCCCUGAUGUCUCCGGCCUGAA